AGUUGAAGCAGCUCUCCCUUUCUCUCUCUCUCGGCGAAUCCCACUACAAUUCCCGACGCAAUAAACCGGACGGUGAAGAUCUUCGUCUCCGGCUGCUAGAGUUUGCCGGCCAGAUUCGCCAGCAAUGUGUCGUGUGCGUGACCUCUGUAUUGCUCUCUUCGUACUCCACUCAGUGAUAGUAGCUCUGGUCUCUGCUCGGGGAUCUAAUACUACUUCCCGAUGGCAGACUCUAAGCGGAGCCGCGCCCUUGGUUGUGGCACGAGGUGGAUUUUCUGGAUUAUUUCCAGAUUCUAGUUCGUUAGCUUAUGCUUUGGCAAUUCGGACCAGCGUUUCAGAUCUCAUAUUAUGGUGUGAUGUUCAGUUAACUAAAGAUGGAGUUGGGGUUUGCUUUCCUUAUCUUAAGCUAGACAAUAGUUCUAACAUCGCGGAUGUUUUCAAGAACAAGCAGAAGGAGUAUCUAGUUGAUGGGGUUCCUACUCGUGGAUGGUUUUCUGUGGAUUUCAACCACAGCGACCUAGAAAAUGUUUUCUUAACUCAAGGAAUCUAUUCUCGGACUGCUUAUUUUGAUAGCAAUUUGUUCCAAAUUCUAACUGUACAGGAUGUGCGUCAACAAAUGAAACCAUCAGCUUUCUGGUUGAAUAUUGAGCAUGAUGCAUUUUAUUUGCAACAUAAUUUGAGUAUGAGAAGCUUUGUACUUUCUGUGUCUAGAACUGUUGUCGUUGAUUACAUCUCUUCACCAGAGGUUGGUUUCUUGAGGAGUAUUGCAGCACGUUUUGCCAAAAACAAGACAAAGCUGGUCUUCCGGUUUAGGCAAAAAGUCGACAUUGAACCUUCAACCAACCAGACUUAUGAAUCUCUGCUAAAGAAUCUCACCUUUAUCAAGACAUUUGCCUCUGGAAUUAUUGUUCCCAAGUCUUACAUAUGGCCACUAGAUUCUAAUUUGUACUUGCAACCUUCAACCUCUGUAGUCUCAGAUGCUCACAAAGCAGGGCUGGAAGUUUUUGCGUCAGACUUUGUAAAUGAUGAUGCUCAAAUGAGCUACAAUUACAGCUAUGAUCCACUGGCUGAGUAUUUAAAUUUCAUUGAUAAUGGUGAAUUCUCUGUUGAUGGUGUAAUAUCUGACUUCCCAAUAACUCCAUCAGCAGCUAUAGAUUGCUUCGCUCACCUGGGCAAAAAUGCUCCAAAACAAGCUGAUCUUCUGAUAAUCACCAAAUUUGGAGCAAGUGGAGACUACCCUGGAUGCACUGACUUGGCAUACUUAAGAGCUAUUGAUGAUGGUGCAGACGUUAUUGACUGCCCAGUGCAAAUGACAAAGGACGGGAUACCAAUUUGCUUGCCAACUAUAAAUCUUAUUGAAAGCACAAAUGCUGCUCAAUCAAGUUUCAGCAACCUUCUAACAACAAUUCCAGAGAUUCAACAAGGCAGUGGAAUAUUCACCUUUAGUUUGACAUGGAAUGAUAUUCAGACCUUGAAACCGUCAAUAUCAAACCCACAGGCAAAGUACCAAAUGUUUCGAAAUCCGAAGUUCAAAGAUGCUGGAAAUUUUGUAACAUUGUCUCAUUUCUUGGCCCUGACAAAAAAUGCUAGCUCUCUUUCUGGUGUCUUAAUCAGCAUAGAGAAUGCAGCUUACCUUGCAGAGAAGCAAAACUUGAGUGUAACUAAUGCAGUACUUACUGCCUUGAGCAAAGCUGGAUAUGAUCAACUGAUAACUCCAAAAGUUAUGAUUCAGUCUCCUAAUAGUUCUGUUCUAAAGAAGGUCAAGGGUGCCAAUUAUGAGCUUGUCUACAAGGUUGAUGAAACGAUUCGGGGUGCUCUUAAUGCCACUGUUGAGGACAUCAAGAGCUUUGCUCAGUCUGUGGUUGUUGACAAGAUCUCUGUGCUUCCUGAAAGGAAGGCCUUCCUCACUGGCCAAACAGAUGUUGUGGCCAAACUACAAUCAUUCAAGCUCCCAGUUUAUGUAGAAACUUUCAGUAAUGAGUUCAUAUCUCAAGCAUGGGACUUCUUCUCAGAUGCAACAGUUGAGAUCAACUCAUUUUACCAGGGAUUCAAUAUCAGUGGUGUAGUCACAGACUUCCCAAAGACAUCUGCUCGAUAUCGAAGGAAUAGGUGCUUAAAUAGGGGUAAUAAAACACCACCCUACAUGCUCGCCAUUCCGCCUGCUGGCCUCUUGCAGUUCAUUGCAGCUGUUUCUAUGCCACCAGCUGAAGCUCCAUAUCCCAUACUGACAGAGGCAGAUGUGGUAGAGCCACCUUUGCCCGCUGGUUCAGCAAAAUCCCCUUCAGCCAGUCCGACUAGAACUACACCAGCCCCACUGCCAAGUGGACAACCUAAAGUUGCUGCUAUCUCAAAUCUGGCGAUGCUUCUUGCCGUUAUUUUACUCUUGUAAUAAGGUAGGAGAGUCACUCUAUUCUCAUAAUCAUUUUGGCCUAAUGUAUUCCUGGUCUCGUUGGCUGUAUCUCGCUUCUUGCUUUUGCUACAUGACUGCUUGACGGCAAACACCUCCUUUUUGGCUUUUCGUCUGUUAUUUUACCCCUUUUUGUAGGUAUGUUCAUUCUUCCUCAGUUCCUCCAUGUAUUUUAAGGGAAGACAAAAAUUCUUGAAUCCUACGUUUCGUGUAUCAUUCCUAUUUGAUUGUUGUGAGAUAUAAAGCUUAUUAUUUUUG